AUGGCGCAGGCAUGUCGACACUCGGCGGCGAGACAUCGCUAACUUCUUCAUACACGCAAGUUUCGAAGUGACCUGUUGGUGCCACCAUGUCGUUACUAAAACCAUUUAGUAAACUGCCUGACUUGAAAACUGCGAGCAUAUUGCUGGUGGAGAGAGAAGAAGAGUUUCAUCACAGAUUAGCUGACGCUCUAGUGAAGGAGACGGCGGUCACAUUGAGCGUGAGACUGGCGAGGAGUCUGCCCUUCAAACACGAGCCCAGUCGCCCCAGAAUAGACCUGGUGGUCUUUAUCAUCAACCUCACCUCAGAGCUCAGUCUACAUUCUGCGGAAGAUUCCCUCAAGUAUUUGGACCCUGGAUAUUUCCUCGGAAAAGUCUGCUUCAUGGUCACCAACGCCCGCAACGCCACCGUCCCCGCAGAGCGCCUGGAUGCUGUCAGGAAGCUGGCCGCAUCGCACUGCUGCACGCUGCUCUUUGCCGAGGAUAAGACAGCAGAUGGUGCGCCCAACGCGGCGGAGAGGCUGCUGAGUAUUCUGAAGGUGGCGGCCGGCCUGGUUCCCAUGACAACGGCUCUCUAUCUGUCACACCUGAAUUUGUGCACCAUGCCCUCAGACGUGGACGAGAUGGGCUUCGAUUAGCAGCGUGCUCCCUUUUACGCUUUCAAUUCUUUCACCGCGUAUUUAUGUAGUCUUUCAUCUUUUUAGGACGUCGUCUUUCUCCUUUUUGAGAACAUACUUGUUUGUAGGCAUAAAUACGACUAAAACCUUUUAACAUAAUGUUGGUGUUCAGUUACAGUAAGUAUUCUAAACAUUCCUGACACUUCAUUUUACACACUAUGGUAUUUUUACCAAGCUUUUUUUUGAAAAAUAUUUUUGAAUUUACCGCAAUAAUACCAUUAUGCUCUGGGCCUGUUUUGCUGCCAAUGGAACUGCUGCUUUACAGAGAGUAAAUGGGACAAUGAAUAAAGAGAAUUACCUCCAAAUUUAGAAA